CUUCACCAUUUGCAGUCAAGCGCACUGGGUGAGGAGCGAUAGAGUACAGUAAGUAGAUAGAUAGUGGGAUAGACGAGGUAAAGCAAGCCAACUUGGUCGCUCGCCUGCCUGCAUUCCUUCUCAACCCGAAACCUAUCCGCUGCGCUUCAAGUCUAUGUUUGAAUCGCCGCAGCUCAGAAAGAACAAGCACAUUUUGAGAUAAAGUGUAUAUCGCGUAGGAGGAUCCUAUCAAACGAAGGAGUAGCCGUGAGAGAAGCACGAGAUACGGAGACAUGGCUGCGACAACCUGUACACGUUUCACGGACGAUUUUCAGCUAUACGAAGAGCUGGGAAAAGGAGCGUUUUCAGUGGUGCGCAGAUGUGUCAAGCUGUGUAGUGGACAGGAAUAUGCCGCCAAAAUCAUCAACACCAAAAAGCUAUCUGCAAGAGACCACCAGAAAUUAGAGAGAGAGGCCCGUAUCUGUCGCCUGCUCAAGCACUCCAACAUCGUCCGUCUACAUGACAGUAUAUCAGAGGAAGGAUUCCACUACCUCCUCUUUGACUUGGUGACUGGAGGGGAGUUGUUUGAGGACAUCGUAGCCAGAGAGUACUACAGUGAGGCUGAUGCCAGUCAUUGCAUCCAGCAGAUCGUGGAGGCGGUGCUACACUGCCAUCAAAUGGGCGUGGUGCAUCGAGAUCUAAAGCCAGAGAACCUGCUCCUCGCCAGCAAAUGCAAGAAUGCUGCCGUCAAGUUGGCCGACUUUGGCCUGGCCAUCGAGGUACAAGGAGAUCAGCAAGCCUGGUUUGGAUUUGCUGGUACACCGGGAUACCUGUCCCCUGAGGUGCUGAGGAAGGAGGCAUAUGGCAAACCUGUGGACAUCUGGGCCUGCGGGGUGAUUCUGUAUAUCCUGCUAGUGGGCUACCCUCCCUUCUGGGAUGAGGACCAGCACAAACUGUACCAACAGAUCAAAGCUGGGGCCUACGAUUUUCCCUCUCCAGAGUGGGACACAGUCACUCCAGAGGCUAAGAACCUGAUUAACCAGAUGUUGACCAUCAACCCUGCCAAGAGGAUCACCGCCCAGGAGGCUCUCAAACACCCAUGGGUCUGCCAACGUUCUACAGUGGCGUCCAUGAUGCACAGACAGGAGACAGUGGAGUGCCUGAAGAAGUUCAACGCCCGGAGGAAACUCAAGGGGGCCGUUCUCACUGCUAUGCUGGUUUCACGUAACUUCUCAGUGGGCGCUCGUUCCGCCACCGCUCCAAUCAGUGUCAGUGCAGCAGCAGCAGCAGCAGCAGCAGCGGGCACCACCGGUGGGCUGGUGGAACAAGCAGCCAAGAGUUUGCUCAACAAGAAGGCAGAUGUCAAGCCCCAGACACCACAGACAAACAGCACCAAAAACAGCAUAGUCACCAGCCCCAAAGGAAACGUCCCUACUCCUGUUCUGGAGGCUCAGACCACUGUUAUCCAUAAUCCAAUGGAUGGAACUAAGGAAUCAACUGACAGCAGUACCACUGUGGAGGAUGAGGAUGUGAAAGCCACUAAGCUGACAGACCUCUUUGGCGUUGUACGCAGGGCAUCAGGGCCCAUGUCUGACAGCGAGGGGGGUACCAGCACACCCCCUCCAGCUGCCCCCUCCACCACCUCCCCACCCAUGGCACACACCCCCAUGCAGUUAUCCCGUCUCUCAGACCUAGUGAGCAAUGUUCGCCGUUCGUCCGCCCCAUCCUCAGCCCCCACUCCACCUGCGCCCGCCGAGGCGGAGGUGGUACCAGCUCCCAGGCCCACCCCCCACCCAUCACACCCCACCUCCCCUCCUCCCCCCAUGUCCCUCUCCAGCCUCACCCUCACCUCUCAGACACGUAAACAAGACAUCAUUAAGAUCACUGAACAGCUGAUCCAGGCUGUCAACAAUGGAGACUUUGAGGCAUACGCUAAGAUCUGUGAUCCUGGUCUAACCUCCUUUGAGCCCGAGGCCCUGGGAAACCUGGUGGAGGGAAUGGACUUCCACAGAUUCUAUUUUGAGAACCUUCUGUCUAAGAACAGUAAACCUAUCCACACCACCAUCCUCAACCCCCACGUCCACCUGAUUGGAGAGGACGCUGCCUGCAUCGCCUACAUCCGACUCACCCAAUUUGUCGACGGCCUGGGCCAUCCACGCUCCAGCCAAUCAGAGGAGACUAGGGUGUGGCACCGCCGGGACUCCAAGUGGCAGAACGUCCACUUCCACUGCUCGGGCGCUCCCGCUGCGCCUCUCCAGUGAUGUACGUGAGGAGGAGAAUGCCAAAGCCAUGUCUGACAAGAGUGCUCUGCUGGAGAGAGAGGGAGGGAGG